AUGGUCAAGCACUUUAGCUGGUUCGAUACUGACCUGCACAAGCCCAUGGCUCUCUGCGAGACGUUCGUGCCCAACCUGUCAGAUAUCAUCUCCAACGAGAGCAAGGCUUUGAUAUCUGCGAUGCAGCAGCCACUACUCAGCAUGUUGGACGACCUCGAGCGUGGGCAUCCGACCUUCUCCACAUCCGAGCCCAUCACCCACCGAUGCUCGACCAAUGCUGAGCGAGCACAGUGUGCGGCUUACAACCUUUCCGUCGUCAAGCAUACGGCAGCUCACUCCUGGUUCUGGUCGUCCCAGUGGUUCGAAGGCAGCGCAGACUUUCUCAACUCCCGGCUCCGGGGGGUUUUCAGAAAGGCUGCGAGAGACAGCACCAUGCCUCAGACGGGGCUAGAUUAUGGAUGCCCGGUGUCAGAAGAGGCGGCCAGUGGACCCAAGGGCUUCGUUUGGUCGACCGCGGGCGGCAGGCCACUUUGUGACACGUUCGACCAGUAUCGAUAUCUCGCGAGUGCUACGGAGCUCGAAGGUUCAGGACCGGUGGGUUUCACCGAGGAUAUCGAGAUCAUCGAUUGA